ACACGUUCAAUAAAAGUUGUAUUAGCGUUGCUUUACGCUAUUAACCGUAGGAUAGCAUCUGAAAGUAACGCUAAAAAGAUUUAAUUAGUUAUUUAGGCUAACGUUAGCCGCAUGGUGUUGCCUAACGUUGCUUAUAACUACAACGGCAGUUAACGUGUCUCUGGCUAUGUUCUAACGGCUAACUUAGUCAAAGCUAACGUUGGUGGAAUUAGACGAGCCGUAAUAGCUUUUUGUCUGUGUUAGUGCAGCAGUCGUCUGGGAUUACCUUGUGUGAGGAAUGGAUGCUACUCAGAUGAUCUGUGACUCCAUCUUGGAGUCAGAUGAGGACGAAAAUGAAGAGGAGAAUGAAAACGAGAGAGGGCGACCAUUGGCUAAACUGUGCAUCUUAAAAAAUCAACACAUCCCUGAGACAGAGUUGCCACUCUUUUUGGGAGAUAAUGUGCUUGGCCGUGACCCCAACACCUGCACCCUGCCCCUGCCAGCAUCCUCAAUAUCCAAGCAGCACGCCACCAUCUGCAUCUCUGUCUACAAGAGAAAAGGCAGUCAUAGUGAAGUGGACAUAGAGGCUUUGGUCUGGGACCUAGGGAGCAUGAAUGGGACCCGCAAGGGCCGCUUAAAGCUGACUCCUAAUGUCCGCUAUGCCCUCAGUGAGCAUGACAGUUUGGUGGUGGCAGACAUCCCGUGUCAGUAUGUCAGCUGUGUUGUAGAUGCAGUUUCUGCUCAAGGGGACAUGAGGACUCCUGUGAGCAAAAAUUCAGGGGUAAAUGCAAGGUUGCCAGAUGCCUCUGGAGAGAAGGUAGGUGACACAAGCACAGGCGGCAAGAAAUCUGUCAACGGAGGUACAAAGGCUAGGGUGUCACUACCUGAUCAGGGGGACACAAAGAAGACUCCUGUGAGGUCCAGUUGCCUGUCCUUUGAGCAAACUCCAACCCAGCCACAUGGGAGCCUGGUCCCAGAAUCUGACUCAGACUCAGAUGGAGAAAGAGGAGACAGACUGCGCAAGGCUCUUGUGUCUGAUUCCGACUCCCAUAAAUCAGGUCCCGACUGCUCAACAUUCCUGAGUCCUAGAAACACAAUUGUACCUGAAAGUGAGGAUGAAAGUCCCACAACACCGUCCUCCUCCACUAAAAAUAGACCUCACAAACAUGUCAGCUUCAGCAAGGAGGAGACGGACGAAGAUGUGGGGCGACAGCAGCUGAAGAAAAAAGAGGCAUUUGGGAUUGUGGACGACAGUGAAGUGGAGGAAGGGAUGGAGGAAGGGAUGGAGGAAGAAAGAGCAGCACUGGGAGGGAUAAAGUCUGGGGGAAGUGGACAACAUGUGUCAGCAAAGCAGGAAAGUAAUGUCAGUCUUACAGGAGAAGAUAAAUUGCUUGUAUCCACACUAGCAGAUGCAAUCCCUGCAUUUAACAUGGACAGUGACACUGAUGUGGAGGGAGAGGAGGAAAGGGUGGCAUCUGCAGGUCCUGUGGCCUUGAAUACAAACCAACAAGCUGAUCAACCACCAAACACAGCCCAGUUUCACAUGGACAGUGAUACAGAUGUCGAUGAGGAUGAUGAUGCCUUAGACGAAGUACCCAAAUCUUCCUCUGCUGACCACACCAAACCCCCUCAUGUUAUUUCUGUUAUUCAGCCAGAGGGCAUCACUAUGGACAGUGACACUGAUGCAGAUGAUGAUGAUGCUGCUGCUGUGUCAGAUGCGACUACAGAAGCAAAACCCACAUCACUUCAGAGUCCACACAAAGCUGACUCUGCUCCUUCAACUCAGCUGAAAGAUUUCCACCUGGAUAGUGACACAGAUGUUGAUGAGGAAGAAGAAAAGGAACAUGGAACAAACAAUACAUGCCCUAAAAUAGAUGAAACUCCCACUAGAUUAGAUAUCAAGCCAGUUGAGCCUGUUUCCGUCCCUGCUGCGUCUAGCGGUCUGCAUCUAGACAGUGACACAGAUGAUGAAGCUAUUCCCUCCCCUGCCAGCAGUGAACCUUCAGUGGCGUCUCCUGUCACAGAAUCACGCCAAACUGCAGGUGCAGGAGCAGGUUUGGAUAUUCUGUCUGACAGCGACACAGAUGUGGAAGACAACUCUCCUUUGGUCAUACCUCUUGCUGUCUCAACCUUGUCAGAUGGUCUUCACUCCGGUUCUGAUGCAGACACGGAUGUUGAUGAAUCUAGCGUGCCCCCUGCUGGAGAUGGGGUCAAUCCAUCCAAACCUAAAGCUGACAGCGGCACAGAUGUGGAAGAUAAGGAGGUGGAUUUUGGAGAGACGGGUGAGGGCCAGAUUCCUAACCUGUGCAGAGAAAAUACUCCAGGGUUGCUGGCUCCCCUCCUGCAGAACUGCUCUACUCCUGUACAGGCGUCAGAGAGAGACGUGGAAGAUAUGCAGACUCAGGCUUUCAUGAGUCCUUCUUCUGUACCAUUUAAAUUACCCCCUGCUCUCAGACCUACAGCAUUGUCUUCUUGUUCAGACAGCCAGGAGAGUGAGGACUUUGUUGUGGCUGAGACGCAGUCCUUCAUUCUUCAGACCAGAGACCGCCAGGGCAACCCCCCAGAGGACCACACCAUGAACCCCACCCAAGAAUUUUGCCUUGAGUCAUCUGGUGAUGAAAGAGGCGAACAGUCCAGCAGAGGACUGUCUUUCCAGCUGGGGCUUUCAGACAGCAGCCACCUGCAGGGUCGGGCCCAAACUUUAGCCACAGAGAGCACCCAAGCGUUUGUCCCUGCGGAGGGGGGUGUGAAUAUGGAAGAAACCCAAGCAUAUGCAGCCAUCUCAAACGCAGACAGGACCUCCUUAGAGAAUGAGGCUACACAGACUUAUGGAGAUGAUGAAGAACCUGCCAGAAGUUCAGUUAUGUCUGCAAAUUUGGCCUUAGAAGCAACACAGCCAUAUAUUUCAGAGCCCCGCAGUGAUUCAGAGGAUGAAACCGAUGAAGAUGAGAGAAAUAGCACUGCCACUGUUGAGACUCAGCAGUUUCCCACCUCAUCUACUCUUGCCAUGGCUCAAACCCAACCAAUGUCUGCCUUUGAGGAGGAGGAGGAGGAUUUGGAAGAAGAAAAUCCAAUUUCUUCUGUAUUACAAGUUGAGCCCAGACGACAGAAUGAAAAAGAAGAGAGGGAUGAACAUGAGAAAGCAGCUCAACCUCAAAAGACCCACCUACCUGUAGCUGCAACUCAGCCCAUGCCUGUAAGUGACGAUGAGGAAAGUGAUGACGAGGACUCGAUUCCAGGUCCACGAAGAAGAAAAGCAAAGCCCCUGCAGCUUGAAGAAGAGCAGUCUCAAAUGCUCCCAAACUCUGAGUUAUCACUUGUUGAAACUCAGCCCAUGCACGAUGGUGUAGCCCAAACUCAGCCCAUGGCUACAAGUGGAAAUGAGGAAAGUGAUGAUGAGGACUCGCUUCCAGGUCCCCGAAAAAGAAAAGCAAAGCAACUGCGGAUAGAAGAUGAGCAGACACAAACACUGACAAACUCUGAGCUCUCUGUUGUUGCAACUCAGCCAAUGGAAAUGGCUGAAGAUGGAGAAGGUGAUGAAGAAGACCUGAUUCCAGGUCCACGAAGAAGGAGAGCAAAACCAUUGCAACUUAAAGAGACACAGCCCCUCACUAGUUCUGAAGUCACUGCUGCUGAAACACAGCCCGCGGUCAUAGGUGAAGACAGAGAAAGUGAUGAUGAGGACUCGAUUCCAGGUCCACGAAAAAGAAAAGCAAAGGUACUGCAAAUUCAAGAAGAGGAGACACAGCCGCUCACAAAUCCUGAGGCCUCCACUGUUGAAACUCAGCCCUUGGAAACAAAAACUGGCCGGCAGCCUCAGAGACGAAAAGGGAGUCAAUCUGAAGCUGGAACCAGUGGCACCACUGUCAAUGGUAAAAGAGGGACAAGGGCAACAUUAAGAGAAGAGGAGGAGCAGGCGGAGUGUUCUGAACCUCCUAAGAGACAGACAAGAGGGAAGAAUAAAGCUCUGCCAACUACCAGAGGAAGGAGGGGAAAGUCAAGGCCUGAUGAGGAGGGGAGUGAGGAGGAGGAGGAGGAGGAGGUAGAGCCGCCUAAACGAGCCAAAGGGAAAAUAUCCAUGAGGCAACAGAAAGUUAACAAGGAAGAGGAAGAGCGGCCUGAAACAGCAAGAAACAAGAGUGCUGCAAAUAACGACCUAAUAAAGGAACAAGAUGAAGGGAGGGAACGAGACAAAUUAGAAAGGGAAAGAAAAGAGAAGGAAGACCAAGAAAGAUUGCAGGCUGAAAAUGCUGAAAGGUCAAGACUUGAGUGGGAGAGAGCAGAAAAAGCAAGAUUAGAGAGGGAAAGAAAGGAGGGAGAAGAAAAGAAAAGAGCUGAGAGGGUGCAAAAGGAAAAAGAAGAACAAUUGGAGAGGGAAAGAAAGGAGAAGGAAGAAAAAGAGAGAUUAGAGCAUGAAAAGGCAGAAAGAGAAGAGAAGGAAAGAUUGGAGAGGGAAGAGAAGGAGAGAAUAGAAAAGGAGAGAAAGGAGAAGGAGGAAAACGAGAGAUUAGAGCAUGAAAAGGCAGAAAGAGAAGAGAAGGAAAGAUUGGAGAGAGAACAGAAGGAGAGAUUUGAAAAGGAAAGAAAGGAACAGGAGGAAAAAGAAAGAUUGGAGACAGCAAAACAAGAAAAAGAGGCCAAAGAAAAACAAAUAAAAGAGCAACAAAAGAACAAAGAAGAAGAAAAAAAGGCCAAAACACCCGCGAGAAGUGGAAGAGCAACUAGAAGAGAACAAAGAACAAUUGCUACCCCGAGUACAACAGAACCAGAACAAGACUCAACAAUAUCAGCCAAUGAUGAUGGCCCAGCAAGGAGGACCAGAUCUCGCUCCAACUCUUCCAACUCUGUCAGCUCAGAGAGAUCUACUUCAAGUGUGAGCACCCAGGGGAACAGGGGGCGAGGCAGAGGCAGAGGCAGAGGAGGAAAGAGGACCAGUGAGCCACCCCAGACGGCCAUCGCUAGAAGCAGCAAUAGAAGGAGGACAGUGGCUGCAGAGUCAACAGAACAGGACAGUAAAGAUAUUCCUCCACAGGUAGUCCUUUCAAGGUCCAGCUCCAUCAACUCCCUCAACUCUGAGAUAUCCAGCUGCAGCACGAGCUCUCAGAGAGGAGGAAGAGGAGGCAGGCAGCGAGGAAGAGGGAGGAAAACUGAGCCAGAGCCUGUCUCCAUUCCUCCUAGUCACAGUGACCAGAAUUUGGCCUCCAAACCUACAGCCAGAGGCAGGAAGAGCAGGAAAGCAGAGGAACCCUCUAAUGAGGUUCCCCAUGAUGAUGACGAAGAGAAGGCAGACUCUCAGCAGCCUAGUACCACAAGAGGGCGACGGCGAGCCAAUGCAAAUGAUGCAGAACCUGCUGCAGAUAAGAAAGACCCUACUCAGGAUCAGGAGUGUGCAAGUGAAGAGUCAACUCUCCCAAAGAAGAGUGACAGGGGCAGAGACCGAGAAGUUGUAAAGAGUGAGACUGUGGAGGCACCAGUUGCUCCUGCUGCCAGUGAUAGAGAUGAAGCUAAAGAGAAAAGAAAAGGAAGAAAAAGAGAGUUGGAGGAAGAGCCUAGCAGUAGCUCCAACAUUUCCAAGGGGAAGGAGAAAGCCGAAACAACAGAGGCAGCAAAAGAAGAAACAAAAGAUGACAUUCCAGUCCAGGCUAAGAGAAAAGGUAGAGCGUCCACGGCUCAGGCUAAGACGAACACACAAGAUUCCCCCACUGAAGUGAAGGUGAAAGAAGACAGCGAGAAAAUGGAGGAGGAGACUGUUGAGAAAAAAGGCAGAGGUCGGACGUCAGCUGUCCAGAAAAAGAAGAAAGAGGAGCAGGAAGAAAGUGGAGCAUCUGUUGACCAGGAUCCACAUGUGGAGGCCUCAGAGCCCAAGACUCCGACCAGCAGUGCAUCCCGGAAGCGACAGGCUCCUGCGAACACCUCACCUGUGGCAAAGACCCCUCGUUCCUCCUCUGCUUCCCCGGCAGCAGGUGGUCGAUUACGAGUUGCCAGCCAGGCUUACAAGGUGCUGUUCACAGGAGUUGUGGAUGAAGACGGGGAGAGAGUCUUGGCUCGUUUGGGAGGCAGCAUAGCUAAAGGUGUGGCCGACAUGAACUGUCUGGUGACUGAUAAGGUGCGCAGGACUGUCAAGUUCCUGUGUGCGGUGGCUAAAGGAGUCCCCAUUGUCACCACACAAUGGCUGGACAAGAGUGGCAAGGCGGGGAGCUUCCUGCCUCCUAAAGCUUUUCUUGUGAAGGAUCCAGAGCAGGAGAAGAAGUUUAAUUUCUGCCUGCAGGAGUCUCUGGGGACUGCUGGCCGUCAGCCUCUCUUACAGGGGUAUGAGAUCCACGUAACAAAGUCAGUGAAACCAGAGCCAGUUCAAAUGAAAGACAUAAUCUCCUGCAGUGGAGCCACCUUUCUACCUAAGAUGCCCUCUUCUCACAAGCCUCAGACUGUAGUGAUUUCCUGCGAGGAGGACUGGUCGCUGUGUGGCCCGGCUCUCUCUGCAUCUCUCCCAGUCGUCACAGCUGAUUUCAUUCUCACAGGGAUCCUUCAGCAGAAAGUUGACCUUCAGACCCACACACUUUCUGCUCCUACAAAUGCUCAACAGCCCGCAGGAGGCAAGGGACGGAGCAGGAAGAAGACUUAACAUCACCAGGGUACACUGUAAAAACCCUCCAUCUACAGUGUGUGUAGUAAAUCUGCCACGGUGGGGUUUUAUCAUCACUCACAGAUUCCCUUUUAAAUCAGAGACCAGUAGAAACACUAGUGAGUCAGCUGUUCGUCUGUAUUAAAGGCCCUGUUUAUUCCUGGUAUUGACAUGCAUCUUUGGUGAUCCAGUCACAAGUGGAUAGCACUAAAUACAAGUGUAAACAACCACCAAGAGGGAUUGUGACCGGACCACUGCAGCCACUUGCUGAGGCAGUCUGGGACGCAUUUGACCACAUACCUGCUGUAGUGAAAAGGCUAAUGUGUCUUGAUUACAUUCAGGUGGUUGUUUUGGUAACAGUAUGUUAACGCUCUAUAACCUGACCAUUUUACAAAAAGUUGGACAAAGUGUUGUGUGUCCAUCGUUUGUUCUGUGGAAGGAGACAUGUUGAAAUCUCCUGACAGUGAUAUCUCCAGCUGUACCAACACAACCGCUAACACGAGCAUGCUAACAAGCAGCCAGCAAGAGUGCUGACGUAAUGCCCUUCGACCUCCAGCAUUAAUGACUUAAGCGACAACGAGAUCUGAACACAAGUGGGCAGGUGGAGAUGCAUAUUUGGUGACACAGUUGUGAAUGCUGAUGUGUCUUGGCUGUCCACUUGUGUUUGUAUCACUGAAACACACGUUAAUAUCAGGUGUAAACAGACUCAAAGACUAGAGGAAUGUAUUUGCCAUGUGCAGCAAAACUUGAUUGUUCACUUGCACGGUUUUUAUCACAUUGUGUGGAUGUAGCAUGGGUGCAGCUUUAAAAUGUUGAAAAACAUUUGCGAUGGAAGAAACAAAAUUUAGGAAACUUACUAAGGAGUAAGGUGUCUCAAAUUUUUACGGUUUAGAAAUCUACUCUCAUUAUGGUCUUUUCUUACGAUCUUACCUUUUGCCUUUUACAUGUGAAAAAAAUGUAGUUUUUAAAGUUGCAAAAGCUAAAACCAGUGUUGCUGCUAUAAUUACCCUUCAACCGUCCUUGUCACUUCCCCUCUCUCAUCCUCCCCUGUGCUUCACCUUUCUCUUUACGCAACAAUAACAAGCGGAGCAGGAAUUAACACUGCUAAAUUACUGUUGCUCUCUGUGCGUCCUAAGUGCUUCUGCUCAAUCAUCCAGUUUGGCAGGUACCCAGCCGAGAAGUGCGAGUCGUGUAAUCAUGUUUGGGUGGUGAAAUAGAAAUAGUGGAACUGAUGGGGGUUCUGUUUUGAAAUACACCAGCUACAGUGGCCAGUGGAUGAAAAAAAGCUCGUUUAAUUUCCUGAUAGGAAGUGCCGAGGUUAUCAUGAACCUACCAGCAUGUCUUGUCUCCAUUAACGCCCACCACCACCACCACCACCUACUCCAUUAAGGCUUCGUCCAAUCCUAUUACGUCCAGGGAUGAGACACAAUAUGUAGGCACCUGAAUGCUGAUGCUGCUUCUACAUCAAUACCAAUUUACUGUGUUUGUGUAUACAUGUUAUGUUCAAAAAGACCAGUAUACAGAACUCGCCUUCCCUGACCCGCUGUAGACCUUUAAACUUACUGUAUUGUUUGGUGUUUUAAAGAUGAACUCAUUAGCUUGUAACGUAGUUUGAUUUUAGAACUGUCAUAGCUAAUAUCUCAACACCAACUUUGUAUUUGUAUGAAAUCAUGAAAUCUGUCCGUAUAACUGAUGAAAACAUUAAAUCUUUUCUAUUACGUCUAA